AUUACGGUAUAGAAUUUUACUAUGAAUAAGUCUGUCCUCAUCAAUCCACAUCCUCGUGGACGUCCACGAUGACGCCCGUGCACCAAGCUCACACGUAGCAGACGGGAAGACCAACUCCACAAUCAUAAAUCACAUUAAAAAAAGCCGCAGGCACAGCCAAUGCGUAACAAUACAUUCUGAGAAUAAUGUCUCCGCAAACCGGAAGAAAUAGGCUUGCCGCGUGCGUGAGACGCCUUUGUUUACUCAGUGAUGUGCAGCAUCCAGAGAGAGAGAGAGAGAGAGAGAGAGAGAGAGCGAGCAAGAGUUGAAAGCUAACUCGCAGCGUCAUUGCUGAGCAUGUGUUGCGUGCUAUCGCGUACAGCGUUACUGAAGCAUUUUGCAGCACCUUGUGGUAGGGCGGGCGCCUGCUGUGUGACAGAAGCUGCUGAUUCACGGGUGGGGGGACGCACGUGUUCAGCCUCGCUGACCUUGCCACGACUGAAACAGCAGCGUAACUGUGGAUAUUGUCGAUUACUGCUGAGUGAGCGGCCGCUACUUAUAUCAACCUACUUCCUAGCGUCACAUCAGUUGGGCGACGACGCUUGCCGAAGAGGAGCGGAGAAGCUUUGUAUUUCAGGAUGACGGAUGGCUGUGUAGUGGGAUGGUGUGGUCGUGGUGAGGGCCCAAGGAAGUUUACACGCAGGCCUGUGCAAGUGUGCUAUGAUUCACCUGCUGCUGCUGCUGUUAAUCGUUCAUACUAUGAUGAUCGUCGUUAUGAAGCACUCACAGGUGACAGGGUUCUUGAACUCAUUGUGCCAAAGAAGUCUGCUCGCACAUGGAAAGUGAUGCAAGGAGAGCUGUGUCGGAUAACUGUCUGUGAAGGUUCACAGGUUGGUGAUUUAAACUUCUGGAAUCUUCACAAUACAAAGGAAAGAUUUUAUUCGGGAAAAACUCGUCAGCUACAUUCUGCACAUCUGACUGUUUAUGACAGAUUGUGGAGCAAUUUACCGUACCUACGUCCAAUGGCAACUGUAGUUGCUGACUCCAUAAAGUAUGGUAUAGAUGAGGAUGGUGCAGGUGUACAUGAUGUUAUAGGAACUAGGUGUGAUCAGUAUACAACAAAGCUGAUUACUGGGAAAGAAACAAAUGACUCGUGUCACGCAUACUUAACAGAAGCUGUAAAGAAAGAGGGCCUGACAGAAGAUGAUGUACAUGAUGUAUGGAAUAUAUUUAUGUGCACAGGAUUCACUAAGGAUACACACCAGUACUUUGCCAAAGCCAGCCCAGCGAAGAAAGGUGACUACAUUGAAUUUAUAGCAGAUAUGGAUCUUCUUGUAGCAUUAAGUGCAUGUCCACAUGGAGAUGUAUCGAUUCCAGUUGGCAGAGAAAUACCUGACAGCAUUUGCCAUCCUCUGAAAGUUGAAGUUUUUAAAGCAAAGAAACCAGCAGCAUGACACUGUAUUUAAGGGUUGGUUAUGUGCCAUCUCAACCAGUUCUCACUUUCUGAUACUUUGGCAUAAUUACCGGUCAACCAUAUGUACAGUUGUUAAUAAGCAGUUAACUUUACAGUUUUUGCAUGUGCAAAAUAAUCUGAAAAUAAUGGUAGUAUGUGCAAUUUUUUACUAGUGUGUACUAGAAGUGUGUACUGGUUUUAGAUAUAACAAGUGAGUUUCUUCUUAUGAAGUUAUUGUUCAAACACUAAGAAAGACUAAAUUCUUCAAAGAAUUAGAAAAUGUUUAAUGUAUACAGAAAUGUAAUAUGUAUACAGAAUGUGCAGUAUCACUGUUGAAUAUAUUUCCAAUGGAGGUUACUUUUACAAUUACUUUUAUUUGAUGUAUCAUCAGUUGUAUAAAGACUAAAUAUGUUGCUGAUAUGUUUUUAAAAAAUAAAGUUUUUACAUAAGUAGAAGCAUAUUUGUACACACCACAUGUUCUCACUGGGAAUUGCAUAUUACUUAUGUAGGCCUUCAUAAAAUCGUAAUAUUUUGAUUUUGAUUUUUUAAUUGUCUAGACCUUCCAAAAUAUCAUUUACAAAUAUAUAUAAUAAAAUUUAACAGAAAUGUG